ACUUGUCGCCUUCCGUGGCGUCCCGUAUCACCCUCAGUUAAAUAUCUCCUUAUUUCUGAGGCUUGCCAACAAAGUUACUCGUACUCUGAAGGACUGAAGCGUAGUAAGGAUGUCGAUCCCUGCCAGCACUUUCUCCGAUGAUCCCACCAUCAUGUGCCCACUCACAACAGUCUCUCAUGGGUAUGAUCAUGACGCUGUUUCAAAAGUGCAAGAAAAGUGUCGGCGAUCCACAGUAAGUUAUGUAUAGCGUAGGUAUGCGUUUGACGUCUUUUCUCCGCAUCCCUCUGCUCUAAGCUGUCCACAUCAUUGUGGUUGAUGUUAGCUCGAUUGUAUCUGCAUCGCGCAAUGCACAUUGGUGAGCACUUGUUGAGCACUAGAAUUCUACAGCCGAUGUAGAUAGCUCGUGAAUGGCUCAUACUGGUAUAGCGACCCACUUUAGCCCCAGUAGACGCCAUGCGCAUCCAGCCUAUUCACCGCUUUCUUAUCCACUGUCCCGGCCGGCGUCUAAACCCACACUAACCCCGUACGUGGGCCAAGUAGUACUUGCCUUUCUAGCAAAACGGCGCGGCCCCUGUCCACUCGACGGGGUAUAUAAACCUUCGUACAACUAUGAUUACUGGAUAUCCUUUCCAACAAAACACAUCCGACUAUUUCAGUCAUCAUCUUAUCCUCUUUUGCUCACCACAGUGUACGCUCGUACGAACGAACGAUCUUAGCCCCCACACCAGCACUAGCAACCAUGUCUCCUUUCAAACCAGGCAGCCUCCCCGCAUUCCUCUACUCCCAAUUCCUCGUCACACCCUCACUCGACCCUGCUGUCUCUUUCACUGGUCAAACCGUCAUCGUCACCGGUUCCAACGUCGGCCUUGGUUUCUCCGCCGCACAACAAAUUGCUCAACGCGGCGCAUCCAGAGUCAUCCUCGCCGUGCGCACAGUCUCGAAAGGAGAAACAGCCGCACAACAAAUCCGUUCCAGCCUUCCUCCCUCCAACUCCACGGCUCAAAUCGAAGCCUGGCCACUCGACCUCUCUUCGUAUCAGAGCGUCAAGGACUUCGCCGCCCGGGCGAAUAAGCUAGAUAGGCUGGACUUGUUGUUGGAGAACGCGGGCGUGGCGAAGAUGAGCUUUGAGCUCGAGGAGGGAGACGAGUCGACGAUCACGACGAAUGUGAUCGCGACGACGUUGUUGGCAGUGUUGUUACUCCCGAAGCUGAGAGAAACGGCGAAGAAGUUCGGAGUGGUGCCACAUCUGACCAUCGUUUCGAGCGAGGUAUCGUUCCACACGACUUUUGAGGAGCGCAAGGCAGAGAACAUAUUCGAGAGGUUGGCGGAUCCGAAGGCGGGUAUGAGCGGUCGAUACGAAGUCUCUAAACUCCUGCAAAACUUCGUCGUCCGCGAACUCGCAGAACGCGUCUCUUCUGACGGUGGUCCUUUCGUCAUCGUCAACACCGUCAACCCAGGUUUCUGCCAAUCUUCCCUCCGUCGAAAUGUCUCCGGCCUCGGCCUCACGGUCUUCUUCUUCAUCAUGGAGACGAUCGUGCAACGGAAGACUGCCGUCGGGGCUAGGACGCUUGUCCAUGGUGCAUCGGCUGGGAAGGAGUCCCAUGGACAACUUUUGAGCGAUUGUGCUGUGCAUGCGUCGCCUUUGGAUAAGGGGCGGUGGAGGGAGGCUGCUGAGGCUGAGGGAAAGAGUGGGGACGACUUGGAUGAGAGGAAAUUGAGGAAGAGGAUCUGGAGCGAGUUGAUGAUUAAGUUGGAGAAGGUCGAGCCGGGGGUUUCGAAGCUUAUUUGAGAGGUGUAGAUUUAUUCGAUAAUAUGGACAUCUUGGUCAGGUUUUACUUCUCUCCCUUUCAUGUACCCUCCUAGAGUUUACCAAGAGUUUACUGGUCUUC